GGUGUGCGACCCUUUGGUAAUUCACUGCUUAUAGCUGGAUGGGAUGGAGGAAGGCCAUUUCUUUUUCAGUGUGACCCCUCUGGGGCUUACUUUGCCUGGAAGGCCACUGCCAUGGGCAAGAACCACGUAAAUGGCAAGACUUUCUUAGAGAAGAGGUACAAUGAGCAACUGGAGUUAGAAGAUGCUGUGCACACAGCCAUUCUGACCCUGAAGGAGGGGUUUGAAGGACAGAUGACUGCUGACAACAUUGAAAUUGGCAUCUGUGAUGACAGUGGGUUUCGCCGCCUUACUCCCACUGAGGUUAAGGAUUAUCUUGCCAACAUUUCAUAACUUGAAAAUCUUAAAAAUAUAUAAAAUCUGUGGGCCUUUUGUUUUUCAUUUGGCUCCAAUGGAGUUCUACAUGAACAUCAUUUGCUGUGACAAUUCAUACUUGCAUAUGAUACUACACAUUAAUCCUAU